AUGGCAUCAUUCAGUCCCCUUGCAAACAUCUUAACCCAAAAUAAACUUGAGGGUCCAAACUAUGUUGACUGGAAGAGGAAUUUGGACAUUUUGCUUACUGCUGAGGAGUAUCAGUUUGUGCUUACUGAAGUUUGUCCUGAAAAACUCGGUGAGAAAAACCCGCAUCAGACGAUGGACACAGCUUUUGACAUGCUCGAAAAUCUCAAGGAGAUGUUUGGAGAUCAAACUAGUGCAGCAAGGCAAAACGCACUGAGGGAGAUUCUUACUUCCAAAAUGGAGGAGGGGACCCCAGUUAGAACUCAUGUCUUGAAGAUGAUGAGUCUUCUGAAUAACAUGGAGGUUCUUGGUGCUGAGGUUGACAAUGCUACACAGAUAGAAAUGAUCUUGAACACUUUGCCAGCCAGUUUUCAGCAGUUUCGUUUGUUGAACUAUAAACAUGAAUAA